UAAUUUUACAAAAAAACAAAUUUACAAAUAAACAAAAAUAAAAUAAAUAAACACAUAGCCGUUCGGUUCUCCCUCUCCGAUCCAAUUUAUGGAUUCAUUUUAAUCAAAUUUAGCCUUCUUUUUUUCCUCCUUAAUCUUUCCAAGAAAAUUCAAUUUUUUCCCCAUUAAUUACCAAAAUUGAAAUUCACUAUUUUUUUUUUCAAUUUUUGCACCAAAAUUGAUCUACAGAUUCACUUUACAUUUACUAAUUUGAUAAUUAUUUAAGAGACUAUUUUUUUUUUAAUUAUUAAUUUUGUAGGAUUGGAAUGGCAUCGGCACAGGUAUUGCGAAAGCAAGAGCAUUUACAAGCUGGAAAAAAAAAGCUAGAAGAGUUCCGUAAAAAGAGAGCAACAGGGAAGACUAAAAAGACGAUUUCCAAUAAUCAACCUCAAAGUUCAGAUGGAGGCUUUGAGAAUCAUCCUUUGGAAAAUGAACAUGCAAGAAUCACCGACUCUCGUGGAGCUGGUACAUCUAAUGCAGUUGGUGGAGCUGUUUUAGAGUUAUCUCGAGUAGAUGUUAAGCAUGAUUCCAAGAACCUUGAUCUUGCGCAGAAGAGUGGUUUCACUUCUUCCUAUGAUGCUAAUUCUAGUUCUACUCAUAGUUUAUACAACAACGACAAUGAUGCUAGCGCUACUUCUACUGUUAGUGGAAACAAUCAUGGUUUUGAUUCUUCCAUCUCUGUGUCGUCUUAUUCUGGAGAUAAAGUGUUUAAGGGUGAUGAGAAUCCAAAGUUGUCUGAACAAUUCAGCGAUAGGUAUAAUUCCUCUGAGAAGAUGGAGAAUGAUGGAGCGUUGGGAAGUGUUGGGUUUGGAUUUAAUACUAGUUAUUAUACAGAUAAUUUUCCGUCAUCAGCCCCCAGUUUCAGUAAAAUUUCCGGUCUGUUUACUCAUGAUGAUCUGGGUAAAAGCAUACCAGAGGAAAACAACAGAAAGGAUCUUUCUGUAAUAAACACUGGUACUUCUCUUGCCGUUCCUUCUAAUAUUUCACCUGAAAAAUUCUUUGGUUCUCGUCCGCAAGAAAAAUCAGGCUAUAUGGAUCGCUGGGCUAGUGGGUUAACUUCCUCAUCAUAUGAAGAUAAUAUGCGCCCCGCAACCAGCAGUACAAAUUUAUCUUUGGAAGCUGGUCAAAAAGACGGGGCUGUGGAAGCUAAUAGUUCUAUGGUUCCUGAUAUUGGGUAUGGCCAGUUUAACAACUCGGGUUUUUACAUGACCAAUAAUUCUUCUUCUUGGGCAUCUGAUUCUAAAUAUGAGGGCAUCAGUUUUGAAUCAAGAAGCUCUCCUAGUAAUUCAAAGUUGUCUCCACCCACCGUCGGGAAGAGAUCUCGUCCAUCUUUCCUUGAUUCCAUCAACAUUUCAAAGGUUCCUGCAGUAUCCCCUUCUCCAACUGAAUCAGGUUCCGCAGACAGAUUUGAUCCAAAGGUUCAUCCCAUGGACACUUCAGAAUCGUCCAACUCCAGGAGUAUGAUGAAUUCAUCAACUUUUUCAGCUAAUGGGCCUGAUCAGUUGAGUCAUCAUACUGAAAAAGACCCCAGAAACAUGGACAACCAUUAUCAGUCUUUUGCCCAGAAACAGAAUGAAGAUUUUGCUGCUUUAGAACAGCAUAUUGAAGAUUUAACACAAGAGAAGUUCUCUUCACAACGUGCUCUUGAGGCGUCGCGAACUCUAGCAGAGUCUCUAGCUGCUGAAAAUUCAGCCCUGACAGAGAGUUAUAACCAACAGGGCAGUUUUGUUACCCAAUUAAACUCUGACAUAGAAAAUCUGCAGGAGGAAAUUAGAGCACACCUGGUCGAACUUGAAGCUGUGAAAAUGGAAUAUGCAAAAGUACAAAUGGAAUGUAAUGCUGCAGAUGAACGUGCUAAGCUAUUGGCUUCAGAAGUGAUUGGAUUGGAAGAGAAGGCACUUCGUCUGAGAUCUAAUGAGCUUAAACUGGAGAGGGAAUUAGAGAACGCACAAGCUGAAAUAUCUUCUUUCAAAAAGAAAAUGGCUAGCCUUGGAAAGGAGCGUCAGGAUCUGCUGUCAACAAUUGAUGCUCUAAAAGAGGAAAAGAAGCUCUUGCAUGCGAAGCUACGAAAAACUUCUGACAAUGGCAAGUCACUUGAUGUUAGCAGGAGUAUGCCUAGUAAUAAAGAUGUAUCAACUUCAACAGAGGAUCUCCGUGAAGAGAAAAUUGUAAAUACUACCAUAGAUGACUCUAACUUGGGAGCUCACAGUACUGAGGGCCCCACCAUUUCAUAUCUGUCUGAGAAUGACCAGCUCAGUCUUGAAAGUUUAUCGGCGGCCAUUCCUCCAGAUCAGAUAAGGAUGAUUCAAAGCAUCAAUACAUUGGUUUCUGAGUUAGCCUUGGAGAAAGAAGAAUUGAUGAAGGCCUUGUCACUGGAAUCAUCUCACUGCUCUGAAUUACAGGAGUUAAACAAGGACUUAACACGAAAGCUUGAAGCUCAAACACAAAGAUUAGAGCUUUUAACUGCUCAAAGCAUGGCAACUGGUAACAACCAAGCAAGGCAACCCGAUGCUCUAACUGUGCGGGAUAGCACCCCAAAUGCUGAUGAAGGCGACGAGGUGGUGGAACGCGUCUUAGGAUGGAUAAUUAAGCUAUUUCCUGGAGGACCAUCAAGACAGAGAACCAGUUAUCCAUGAUGAAAUUCAACAAGUGUUAUAUACAUCAUAAGCGUUCACUCCUCUGCGCGUUGUAUUUUUGGUAGCCGGACCCAGAUGGUUUACAAGUUCCAUUAGUGACUCAUAGUCCCAAUUUUUUCCCAGAAGAAGCAAAUUGCUUCUAAGAGAGGCAUGUAGAAGAAAUGAUUCAUUACUUAAACAGAUUUGGCAACAAACCAGAACCUUCGGUUCGAUUCUUUCCACCUGUCGAACGCUGAAUGGAAGACCAGAGAUGAUUAAAAAUUACCAUAAAAAAUGUAAGGAAUUAUGAAAUAUUACUGCAGAGAGAUUCAAGAUGAAGUUUGGUUGAUAUUAUUUAGAAAUAUAGUUUUACUUGUGAAUUAUUAAGGGGGAGAAAGAGGAAAAGGAUCAAAUGUAUCAUUUUAUUAUACCUAUGAGAAAUGAUUCUUUUUCUUUAAAAAAAAACUUUUGGUGUUUUUUUUUGUACUAA